ACCUUGUGACCGUGUGAGCAAAGCCACCCUUGCAACCCAUGUGCAUCAUCUUCUUUAAGUUUGAUCCUCGUCCUGUUUCCAAAAAUGCAUACAGGGAGAAUCCUUACUGGCCUGACACUUUUGGGAUAUGGCAUGGAACGAGACUGUCCCACAAGCCCUGGUAGAUCUGUCUUCUCAAGCUGAGCCAUGAAAACCUGUCAGUGGCCAUCAGGCAGAGGCCAGAGAUACAGCUGCACGCUUCCACGCUGCCUCCUAUAACAGCCUGAGAGAUGUCCACUCAGGCUCAUCUUGGCAGCCAACAGAGAUGAAUUCUACCACAGACCAUCCAAGCUGGCAGACUUCUGGGGGGACAACAAUGACAUCCUCAGUGGGCUCGACAUGGAGGAAGGCAAGGCAGGAGGAACAUGGCUGGGCAUCAGCACACGUGGAAAGUUGGGAGCACUCACCAACUACCUGCAGCCCCGGCAAGAGCCAUACGCCCGUGGUAGAGGUGAACUUGUGACUCACUUUCUGACCAGUGAUAUGGACAGCCUGUCCUACCUGAAGAAGGUGUCUACAGAGGGCCACCUGUACAACGGCUUUAACCUCAUAGCAGCUGACCUGAGCACAGCAAAAGAAGAUGUUGUUUGCUACUAUGGAAACCGGGGGGAGCAUGAGCCUAUUGUCUUGACACCAGGAACCUAUGGGCUAAGCAAUGCCCUACUGGAGACGCCCUGGAAGAAGCUGUGCUUUGGCAAACAACUCUUCAUGGAAGUGGUGGAGCAGAGCGAGGCACUCCCUAAAGACACCCUUAUCACCCAUCUCCUAGAUGUACUCAACAAUGAAGAAGCACAGCUGCCAGAUCCAGCCAUUGAGGACCAGGGCCGGGAGUAUGUACAACCAAUUCUGAGCAAGUACGCAGCUGUGUGUGUGCGCUGCGCCACCUAUGGCACCAGAACCAACACCAUCAUCCUCGUGGAUGCAGAUGGCCAUGUGACCUUCACAGAACGGAGCUUGCUGAACAAAGACACCUCUCACUGGGAGACCAACACCUAUGAGUUCACACUACAGAGUUAGCCCCCACUACUAGGAUGCCGUGCCUCAAGGGCCAGCAUAGGCAGGAAUCUUCCAUGGCCACACUGCAUGUCUAUGACUCAGCCAGCAUCGCUAGGACCAGAACCCUUUCUGGUCUAUGUGUUACCCACACUUGACCUCAUACUCAGCUCAGGUUUGUCUUUGUGCCAGUGGGGAAUGACAGAGUUGAACACUAGGUCUGAGUCAGGCCUAGAUGUGACAGACCUCUGUCACUGCACCUCAUGGUCAAUCCCACCACCAUCAUCAUGUACACACUGUGUGAGCCUAUCUGACUAGCAGGGGAGUGCCUCUCACUUCACACGUUUGGCCAGUGGUCUCUUCCAAGUAACAUCUGAACAAGUAACAGAUGCAGGAGUUUUAUAGCAACUGGCCUUUCCCUUCCUGAAUGCAGAGCACAACUGUGUCUCAUGUCCUCAUAGCCAAACAUGCUCCUGCAGGAGAACUGGUCAUGUUAGAAACUGAAUCAGAGCAGGGCGUUGGUGGCGCACGCCUUUAAUCCCAGCACUUGGGAGGCAGAGGCAGGUAGAUCUCUGUGAGUUUGAGGCCAGCCUGAUCUCCAGAGCGAGUGCCAGGACAGCUUCCAAAGCUACACAGAGAAACCCUGUCUCUAAAAACCAAAAAAAAAGGGGGGGGGGAGAAAAAAAAAAGAACUGAAUCAGGCACAAGAAAAAUCCACAUCGAUAGAAAAUGGAGACAACUGGAGAUCCUGUAGUUCUGUAUGUGUUAGUGUAUCCCAUGUGUGAGGAUCCUGUGUGCACUGGUCAGUCCCACUGUGUGCACCCUGGGAUCCCUUACCCCUGCUUGCCCAGCAGGCAUUGUAGGUUCUGAGCAGGACCAUCUCAACAAGUGGCUUAACCAGCCCCUGCCAUCGCCCAUCUCCCUUGUCAGAAGCUGGACUUCAUUGGAACGUGAUAAUAAAACUUUGAGGUUGUGAUGGCUAA